AUGAGACAAAGGUUAAUCCACAAUGCAUAUCAAUUUUAUACGUGUACAGUUUUUUGUGUAUAGUAUAAUAAUUGUUACUGGUGGACUAUUAAUUAACUAUGUGGAGUCCUACUUACCUCUUUUUAUUACGCGUACAUUUCGUUAUGGCAAAUUUUCUGUAAAGGAAUAUCAAUCAAUCUUAAACAGAAUAGAAGUGCCCAAAAAAUGGUUUAAACAUUUUUAUAUGUUUGCUGGACCAGCUUCAAGUUACAUAUUUUAUUUGAUUGUUUAUAAAUAUUUUUGGGAUGGUGACAUACCUAAAAAUGUUAUUUGGGUAUUAAAUAUGCUUCUGGGGUCAUUUAGACAACCACUAGUUUCACCAGAAAAUACAUUUGUGGCUGCCACACUCUUUAGUCUUCAUUGCUGGAAAAGAUUCUAUGAAACACAUUAUGUAACUAUUUUUAGUAAUGCAAAAAUGAAUGUUACUCAUUACUUAGUAGGAUUAAGUCAUUAUAUUGGGGCAUUAGUAUCUAUUAUAGGUGAAUCUAAAGGAUUUGUUGAAGGGUCAGAAGGACAUUUUUCAUGGCAGAGAAUUACAUAUAGUCAGUUAGUAUAUGUAGUUAUUUUUAUAUUAUCAUCAUAUGCUCAAUUGAGGGCAAAUUACAUACUUAGACAUUUACGAAAAACUAAAGAUGGUGAGGUCAAUGCCAAUGCAUAUAAGAUACCAUAUGGUGGCCUUUAUGAAUAUGUGUCAGGUGCAUUGCAAAUUACAGAGAUAAUUAUUUAUGUAACAACUUCCAUAAUUUUGUGGGAAAGUUCCACUUUUCAUUAUAUUACAUUUUGGGUCUUGUCAAACCAGAUUAGUACUGCCGUAUUAACUCAUCAAUGGUAUAUACAGACAUUCCAGAAUUAUCCAAAAUCUCGAAAAAUUUUAAUUCCUUACCUUUUGUAAGUGUUACCGAAAAAUCGGAAUUACGACGAAUUUACCAUACCACCUAGCAAGACGAAUGUUUAUUAUAUAUACAACGAUUAUUUAUUAUAUAUUAUUUAAUAUUUAUAAUUUAUUAUUUAUAUAUAGAAAAUAGGAGCAACAAUUGAAAUAAAAAAUUUGUAUUUUUUAUUUUGGAAUUGUA